AAUUUCUCAAGACCCACAACUGAUCUCUUCACCAUGCCGACGUCCGGAAAGCUCACGAUCAAAGUCCACGGCAUCGAGGCCACCUUCGGCGAGGAAGAAUACCGAAACAAGAAGCUGGCCGUGCGUUUUGCCGUGGGCAAGGCCGAGUACACGACCAAAUACAAGAAGCACGACGUGCGUAUCGACGAGAACGCCAUCCUGCGCGUGCACGAGGCCGCGGCCGACGCGAAGCUCACCAUCGAGCUGUUGCAGGAGAAGGUCAAGAAGCCCAUUGUGAGCACACAAAAGUCGCUGGCCGAGUUCCAGAACAACCCAGUGACCCGCAAGAUGACGUUCACGUUCGGCUCUAAGGGCGCGCCCAGCACGGCGUUGCUUUCGUACAGUGCCGACUGGGAGUCAAGCGAGACAACGUUGGCCGCGUUUGAGACCCACCGGCCGUGGUUCAUGCGUGCGUCGUACUACUACGACACCACAAAGAACGUGUACAACUACACCACGAGCUUCCGUGUGGUGGCCCCGUUCGCCCGCUUCGGCGAGAACACGGCCAACACGGUAGUCGAGAAAGUGAGUGGCAAGUCGCUGCAUGAGAUCGAUGAGGCCUGGGUUGGCCCGGGUCUUAACGCUCUGGACGACAGGGUGGACGCCACCAUCUCGUCUGUGGUCGAAACUUUGUACACGAGUCAGCAGUACGCGCUCAAGAAGAAGGACGCGGCCGUGGGUGUGGCCUCCAAUGUCGUCAAGAAGACGGGCGAGACGGUCUCGGGCGCUGUAGGCGCCACCGUGCACACAGCCGCUAAUGUAAAGGACUACACGACGGAGAAGGUAGUCUCGGCCACGUCCAGUGUCUACGGCACGGUGGCCAGCGUGGCCGACUACACGAAGACGCAGGUGGUGCACGCCUCGUCGUCCACGUACGGCACAGUCAAGGGUGUCACCUUCACGGCGCUCAGCUACGUGCCUGUCAUCGGCCCAAAGAUCGCAGUGUAAGCCGUACAGCUAGCUACGUAUCGAUAUUUGUUAAUAAGGGCUCCUAACACGCCCCACGGCCAGAACUUGAGAAUUCCCGAUCGAUAGGGAAGCAGCGUAAAACAUUCAACAUCAUUCCUUCGUUUGGCAUACCA